AUGUAACAUCUCAGCUACCCUCCUGAUAAAAAAAUUUAGAAUUACUAGUUCAGUUUCCGAGCAAAAUUAGGCAAGGGUGCUUAUGGCACAGUUUACGCUGGCAGAAACACCUUAGAUAGUAUAAAAGCAUUUUUAAUUAUUAGAUAAAAUUAUUGCACUAAAAGUAAUCGAUAAAAAAUUGCUUGUUACUGAUUAUGCAAAUCAAUUAAUUACAUCAGAAAUAGAAAUCAUGAAAAAGAUUAAUGAUUUUCAUGUUGUAAAAUUGUUAGAUGUCUUACAAAGUGCUAAUAAUACAUACAUUAUAACAGAGUAUUGUAAUGGGGGAGACCUAAGAGAAUUUAUUAAGAAUAGAAAGUACUUAAUUCAUAUAUUUAGAGUUAUUCCUGAAGAUGAAGCUCUCAAGAUUAUGAAUGAUUUAUUGCUAGGAAUUAAAGCUCUACUUAAAAUUGGAAUUAUCCAUAGAGAUAUUAAACCAGCUAAUAUUCUAAUUCAUGACAACCAAUUCAAAAUUACUGAUUUUGGUUUUGCAAAAUAAAUCGAUGCUAAUUUAGACACUAUCAUGAAUUCAUUAGUUGGCACUCCAUUAUACAUGAGUCCUUAAAUAUUAAAAAGAACUAAAUACUCAUCUAAAUGUGAUAUUUGGUCAUUGGGUUUAAUCUUAUAUGAAAUGCUUUAUGGAAUGACUCCUUGGCAUUCUCAAAAUUUGGUUGAAUUAAUGAAUAAAUUAGAUUCUAAAGUAAAAUUUAAUUUUAAUAAAAUAGCCUCUAUCUUUUCCAGUAUAUCCUUAAGUCUCUGAAAAUACAAAAAAACUCAUCAGAGGUUGUCUCUAGAUUAAUGAAGAAAAAAGAUGGAGUUGGGAAGACAUCUUUAAUUCUGUUAGUAUAAAUUUAAAUACAAUCGAAAAUACCUAAGAGUCACCUACUUCAACGAUGAAAGAGGAUAGUUAAAUAGCAACUUAGAGAGAAAAUCAAAAUUACACUUAAUCAAAGUAUUCAAUACAAAUGUUAAGAAUAAAAUAACGAACUGAAUCUUUAUGUUAAUAAAUUAAUAAACAUAAUAGAAGUUUUAGCAAUACAGCAUUUCUUACUAAUGAUAAUCCUAAAAAAUAUGAAAAUAACACUCCAAUAUAUGAUAAACAAAAACAAACUACAAGUUAUUUAGAUUUAAAAGAAAAACUAAAAUAAAACCCAGCUAAAGUAGAAAGAGAAAGAAGCAGCUCCUAAAACUCUAAAUUUCAUACCCAAAGAUCAGAAUUAAACAAUUAUUUGGAAAAGAUUCAUAAUGUUCAAUAAAAAUUAAACAGUAAUAAUGAUUCAUGCAGAACACCAAGUGCAUUAUAAUCGCAUUCAACAAAUACAUCUAAUAAAUAAAACUAUGAUUUAGAUUUAGUUAAGAUUUCUGAAUUUUAAUUUGAAGAAAACAAAGGAUCUGAUUAUUUUACUUUGUUUAGAAAUCCAAAGACAGAAAGAGUUAAAAGAACUAAUAGUUUAAGUGGGAAUAUUGGUUAUUAAUAGCCUUCUCCAUUUUAAGGGAAGGCUUUAAUACAAUAACUUAUAAAAUCUUUGAGUAAUUAAUUAGAACUUAUCCCUAAUCAUGUAAAUUGUAAGGUUGAGAUAAAUACUAUGGUUAUUUUACAUAAGGAUUAAAUCAAUUAGACUCAAAAUAAACAAAUUUAUACAAAUUAAGAUUUAAGAGAUCUCAAGUUACUCAUAAAUAAUUUGAUUUCUUACUUAAACUCUAAUACAGGAGAGCACUCUAGCAAAUAAUCAUAAGUUAUGCUUUUGCUAUUGCUAACCUAUCAUAAAGUACUAAUUUUCAAUAUAAAAAAUAAAUCUAUUAACAUAGAUACAUAUUUAAUAGAAUUAAUAAAAAAGAAUAUAUAAAUCUAAUAGAAUUAGAUGAAUAUUGAAUCGAAAUUAAUAAGAGAACUAAUACACUAAUUAAUGUGA